GGCUGGGUCUGGAUAAAAAAAAAAGUAGGCACUGCAAAUUUCUAGAAGAAAGCAUCAGAGGAAGAAAGCGAGAGAAGGGCCAUUGGUUUAAGUUGUUUCCAAUUCCUUCAGCAUUGCAAGCCAGGUGGCUAUGGGAUGGAUGUAACCAAGAAAAACAAGCGCGAUGGCACUGAAGUCACUGAAAGAAUUAUCACUGAAACAGUAACUACAAGACUUACAUCCUUACCACCAAAAGGAGGGACCAGCAAUGGCUAUGCUAAGACAGGCUCACUUGGUGGAGGGAGCCGGCUGGAGAAACAAAGCCUGACUCAUGGCAGCAGUGGCUACAUCAACUCUAGUGGAAGCAUACGAGGUAACACCUCUACCUCCAGCUAUAGGAGAGCCCAUUCACCCGCCUCCACUCUGCCCAACUCACCAGGUUCAACCUUUGAAAGGAAGACUCAUGGUGCCCGCCAUGGAAUGUAUGAAGGGAGUUCCAGCGGCAACUCAUCCCCAGAGUAUCCUCGGAAGGAAUUUGCAUCUUCUGCAACCAGAGGACGGAGCCAAACACGAGAGAGCGAAAUCCGAGCUCGACUUCAGAGUGCAUCGCCAUCUACCAGAUGGACAGAAUUGGAUGAUGUGAAGCGUUUGCUCAAGGGGAGCCGGUCAGCAAGUGCUAGUCCCACUCGGAACACCUCCAACACCCUCCCCAUCCCCAAGAAGGGGACCGUGGAGACCAAGAUGGUGACAGCAAGCUCCCAGUCAGUGUCAGGUACCUACGAUGCUACAGUCCUGGAUACCAACCUUCCCUCCCAUAUGUGGUCCUCUACCUUGCCUGCUGGGUGCUCCAUGGGAACCUAUCACAACAACGUGACAACCCAGAGCUCCUCCCUCCUCAACACCAACGCCUACUCAGCAGGAUCCGUCUUUGGCGUUCCCAAUAACAUGGCGUCCUGCUCUCCUAGCCUGCAGCCGGGAAUCAGCACCUGUUCCUCAGUGUUUGGCAUGCAGAACAAUCUGGGUCCCAGCUCAUCUGCCCUGUCCCAUGGCACGGCCACCACUUCCACAGCCUAUGGUGUGAAGAAGAACAUGCCCCAGAACCCUCCUGUGGCGAGCGCUGGCGUGUCCACUUCAGCGGUGACCUGUACCACCAGUGUCCACAGUGAUGACCUCUUGCACAAAGACUGUAAGUUCCUGAUCCUGGAGAAAGACAAUGUGCCAGCCAAAAAGGACAUGGAGUUGUUGAUCAUGACCAAGGACAGUGGGAAGGUCUUUACUGCCUCCCCGGCCAGCAUUACUGCAACUUCUUUUUCAGAAGACACCUUGAAAAAAGAAAAGCAGGCUGCCUACACUGCCGAUACCAGCCUAAAGGCAGAUACUAAUGGAGACCUGAAGACCAUGUCGGCAAAAGGCAAAGCCGCAUCUGCAGAAAUCCACGGCUACGACCGUGGCGGUGGUGGCAGUGGAGGUGGCGGUGGGGGGGCGUGGGGGGGCGCGCCCGCCUGGUGCCCCUGUGGAAAUUGCUGUACCUGGUGGAAAUGGCUGCUGGGCCUGCUGCUGACCUGGCUGCUGCUCCUGGGGCUGCUGUUCGGCCUCAUCGCUCUGGCUGAGGAGGUGAGGAAGCUGAAGGCUCGCGUGGAUGAGCUGGAGAAGAUCAGAAGUAACGUGCUGUAUUUUGAGGAAAAGGUAGAAAGAAGCAGCAAGGAUCGCCUCCAGGGUGUGGCGCCUGGCACAGGAGACAGCAAAGCGGGGCUCGAUGGCCUCAACCAGGAGGCACUGUGGCUGUUCGUGAGGAACAAGCUAAUGAUGGAACAGGAAAAUGGAAACCUCCGAGGAAGUCCUGGCCCCAAAGGUGACAUGGGAAGUCAAGGUCCUAAAGGAGACCGAGGGCCCCCUGGGGUUAUAGGUAACCCUGGGCCCCUGGGCCACCCUGGUCCUGAAGGACCAAAGGGACAAAAAGGAAGCCUAGGAGAUCCCGGCGUGGAAGGACCCAUGGGCCAGAGAGGGCGAGAAGGCCCCAUGGGACCUCGAGGUGAACCAGGGCCUCCUGGAUUUGGUGAGAAAGGAGACCGAGGUGCUGCUGGUGAUGUGGGUCCUCAGGGCCCUCCUGGUGUUCCAGGUUCUGUGGGCCCCAAAGGUUCCAGUGGCUCUCCUGGCCCACAGGGUCCUCCGGGCUCUGUAGGUCCCCAAGGGCUUCGAGGUGAAGUGGGGCUCCCUGGGAUCAAAGGUGACAAAGGGCUUAUGGGACCAUCAGGACCCAAAGGGGACCAGGGUGAGAAAGGACCUCGCGGCCUCACAGGCGAGCCAGGCGUGAGAGGAUUGCCUGGGGCUGUGGGUGAGCCUGGAGCCAAAGGAGCAGUGGGCCCCGCUGGCCUCAACGGACAGCAAGGCCCAAGAGGUGAACAAGGUCUGAAAGGGAUACCUGGGACCCGUGGUCCUCCAGGACCUUCUGGAGACCCAGGAAAGCCAGGUCUCACAGGACCCCAGGGACCUCAGGGACUUCCCGGCAGCCCUGGCAGACCAGGGACUCGAGGAGAACCCGGAGCUCCAGGAAGAGUCAUGACUUCAGGGGAAUUAUCCACAGUCACUGCCCCAGGGCCCCCAGGACCUCCUGGUGCCAUGGGACCCCCCGGACCUCCAGGGACCCCAGGCCCUGCUGGCCCCGCUGGUCUCCCAGGACAGCAAGGUCCACGAGGUGAGCCAGGAGUUGCUGGUGAAUCCUUCCUGAGCAGUGGCAGCUCCAUCUCCGAGAUCCUCUCCACCCAAGGCCUUGACUUACGAGGUCCCCCAGGCCCACCUGGACCACGAGGACCACCAGGGCCUUCCAUCCCAGGCCCCCCAGGACCCCGAGGCCCCCCAGGGGAAGGCGUACCUGGCCCACCAGGCCCUCGGGGAUCUAUCUUGGCUGACUCAGAAACCGUCUUCUCUGGACCUCCAGGCCCACCCGGCCCCCCAGGCCCUAAGGGAGACCAAGGCCCCCCAGGUCCCCGAGGACACCAAGGUGAACAAGGCCUCCCAGGGUUCUCAACCUCUGAUGCUGGUUCUUUUGGAUUCAACAUGCAGGGACCCCCAGGCCCACCUGGCCCCCAGGGACCCAAAGGUGACAAAGGUGACCCUGGUAUCCCGGGGACUCCUGGCUUCUCCCGUGGUCCAUCUCGAGAAGAGUCUUCAAACACCAUGUAUGUUCAGGGCCCUCCUGGCCCACCGGGGCCUCCUGGGCUCCCAGGCUCCCUCAGCGCCUCUGGCCAAGAUAUUCAGCAAUACAUCUUGGAAUACAUGCAGAGUGACAGGAUUAGGUCUUAUCUAUCCGGGGUUCAGGGUCCUGCAGGCCCGCCAGGGCCCCCAGGGCCUGUCACCACCAUCACAGGAGAGACUUUCGACUAUUCCCAGCUGGCCAGCCACGUCUUGAGCUACUUGCGGAGUUCAGGCUUCAGCCUGUCCUCAUCAUCCAUUUCUUCUGAAGACAUCCUGGCUGUGCUGCAGCGGGAUGAGGUGCGACAGUACCUGCGUCAGUUCCUGAUGGGUCCUCAGGGUCCCCCGGGACCACCAGGAGUUGGUGGCGAUGGAUCCUUCCAGCCCUUGGACUACGCAGAGCUGAGUAACCGCAUUCUCAGCUACAUGUCAAGUAGUGGCAUCAGCAUUGGGCUUCCUGGCCCCCCAGGCCCCCCUGGCUUGCCAGGAACAAGCUAUGAGGAUCUCCUCUCUUUGCUCCGAGGGUCUGAAUACAGAGGCAUCAUUGGACCCCCAGGUCCCCCUGGACCACCCGGGAUCCCAGGCAAUGCAUGGUCUAGCAUCAGCGUGGAGGACCUCUCAUCUUACUUACACACGGCUGGCUUGUCACUCAUCCCGGGCCCUCCAGGUCCUCCUGGGCCCCCAGGUCCUCGAGGGCCCCAGGGCGUUUCAGGAGCUCUGACCAACUAUGCAGCAGAAAACAGCGACAGCUUCCGCAGUGAACUGAUCAGCUACCUCACAAGUCCUGACGUGCGCAGCUUCAUCGUGGGUCCCCCAGGCCCGCCCGGGCCACAGGGUCCACCGGGAGACAGCCGCCUAGCGCCACGGGAGGACACCUAUGGUUGGGGGAGCAGCUCCUCCGUCAGACGGGGUGGCUCCUACGGUUCAUUGGGCGGAGCGAACGGAGGCUCCCUAGGUGAAGGUGGAGCCUUUGGUGCUGGAGAUGGAGGUCCAUACGGCACUGACAUCGGUCCAGGCGGAGGCUAUGGGGCUGGCUUCACUGGAGACCUGGACUACAAUGAGCUGGCUGUGCGGGUGUCGGAGAGCUUGCAGCGUCAGGGUCUACUGCAAGGACUGGCCUACACUGUCCAGGGCCCACCCGGCCAGCCUGGGCCCCAGGGUCCCCCUGGCAUCAGCAAGGUCUUCUCUGCCUACAGCAACGUGACGGAGGACCUCAUGAGCUUCUUCCGAACCUAUGGAGCUAUUCCAGGGCCACCAGGGCAGAAGGGAGAGGUGGGCGUACCAGGACCCAAAGGUGACAGGGGUCCUGCUGGACCACGAGGCAUUCCUGGGCCACCUGGUCCUCAAGGGCCCAAGGGAGAGAAAGGAGACAAAGGUGACCAAGUCUAUGUGGGGCGGAGGAGGAGAAGUAUCGCCACCAAGCCAUGAAGCUGGGCUGUCCCCUGGACCAGUUCUUGCAAUACCUAUGGGCACCUAUGUCCGAUUCUCUCCACCAUGAAAGGUGGAGUCUCUGUCCUACUGAGACAAAUGGUCACAUAGCAAGGCUUGGGUCUGAACAAACCACAGUGAGAAUGCAGUCCAACACACAAUCUCACACAAUCUCACUGGGUGGAACUUCAGAGCAGCUUCAACACCUUGGGAUGGUUUACUUCUCUGCUAUCUAGACCCCAGCUCCUUGUUCUUUAGCAUUCAGGGAAGGCCCAGGCCCAAACUCACAAAGCCAGUGAUAGCAAAGUUGGCUUGGGAUUCCUGGAGCUUUGCCUAAAAAUGAGCCCAGAAAAUGGAGGGUGGGGAUGGGGUGGCCUCUUGAUGAGGCUGUACUCUGGUUUCAGUUGCAAGGUGGCACUCUCGGCCACUUCCUCCCGUUCACCCUGCAUUCUCUAGUCAGUGAGAGAGUUGAUAAAGAAGUGAUCCUUGCACCUGAAGAAACCCGGAAAUUCACUUCUCCCGUAGAAGUGAUAGGGUUGCUAAUAGUUAUUUUAUAUAUGCAGAUUCCCACUUGCUUACAAAUGUUUGAUUGUAGCUAUGAACUGUACCAAUAGGUCCGUGCUAGAGUUUGUAGAUAUGUUAUACUGAAUUAUGCUCAGCAAAUAGGGCAAGCCAGGAAGAGGGAGAGAAGGAAAUAGAAUGUCUGAUGCUAGGAAAGCUAUCACCCUCUGAUCCACACUUAGGAAAUGGCAUGGGGGCAGCUGGGUUUUUGCGCACUAUUCACUGUCAAAAAAACAUUUGUAUGUGGUCUGUAAGAUGAAAAGUCAUUUCAAUUGUAAAAUUUCCAAUUAAAGUGUUUUUUUCUUUUUUUUACUAUGUUUAAUGUGAACCAUCUGAACUAAGUUAGUUUGCUGUUUGUUUUUUAAGAAAAUAUUCUGGGUUAGUUGGGUCUGAUUCAAAUACUGCUUAUUACAAACACAAGAAAACAAAACUGGUCAUAUUUCAGAGCACUGCUCCUAGCAUUUUAAUUGGUAAUAUCUUUAAAGGCAGAUUUUAUCUGAAACUAUUAACUCAACUUGGCCAUAUAAUAAAGGAUCUGAAAGUUUCCCAUAUGUUAUUUGAAAUAAAUACAUAAGGACUACAUGAGCACCGAGAUUAUCUGCAACUGGGUUAUUCGCUCCAGUGACUGACCCAGGAGCAAAGAAAUUACAAUUGCAGGCCAAAUAAUAGAUGGACUAUUAGAAGCCUUCUAUUAAGGGAAAAAGUACAAAUACUAAAGUAGUGAGGUCACUCAAAAUGAAAUCCAAAGAGGUAUUUGUUAACUUGUUACAAUUUGUGAUCCUGAUUGCUGGGUAAGAAUUAAACAUCUUCACUCUUCUAAAAGACUGAAUUGUUUUUUAUAUGGUCCUUCCUGAGUAUCUCAUGUUAUCACCCCAGAGAAAACACACAAGUCAGUCUACUCCAUCAAACAGCUGCUAGCAGCAACAACCACUCAAGCACCAAACACGCCACCUGCCUGGUCUUCUGGUUCCACUUUUUUGUCUGGAUAGUUGACCACUGUGAAUCACUAUGGGAAUUUUUGAAAAUGAGUUCAGUCUUCAGAAGUUAAAGCAACUUGGUUUACUAGCAAAAGUCUAACUAGUGUGGACAGGGAAUGAAUGUAAGGUGCCUUUUAAAGUUUUCCUGGAGAAUUCACCAGUUUCAGACUAAGCAUGGUGAUAUAUCAAUAUAAUUACAGCACUUGAAAGGCUGAGGCAGGAAGAGCAAAAGCUUGAGGCCAGCUUGGGAUGCAUUGUGACACCCUAUCUCAAAAA